UCCUGCGCCGGAAAUGCUUCCCUCCGCCGAAGCCCUGAGUGCUGAUGUGUUUCUGAGACAUUUUAGCAGGCAGGGAGCUCAGGGUCUAAUUGUUUUAUGCCGGCAUCAUAACGGAGCGAAGCGGCGGCUGCUGUGAGGUCCAUGACAGAGAAGACCCAGCGGAGGAGAUCCUCGGCAGAGACCAGCAGAGGGAAUGGCGCCCAAAGGCAAAGUUGGAACAAAAGGAAAGAAGCAGAUCUAUGAGGAGAACGAGUCGACGCUCAAGUUCUACACUAGAGUCAUCCUCGGGGCCAAUGCGAUAUAUGCAGUUGUGAAUUUUUUCGUUUUCUACAGUUCUUCCACAUUUUGGACCUGGCUGCUGCUGCUGUUCGCGCUCGCCGUAUACGUCGGGAGUUACCGCUCCAUGUCGGCCAUGGCCAAGCCAGCGUUUGCUGAGGACGGAAGUCUCCUGGAUGGAGGAAUAGACCUAAACAUGGAGCAGGGGAUGGCAGAGCACCUGAAAGAUGUAAUCCUCCUUACUGCCAUAGUGCAAGUGCUAAGCACCAUUUCGUCGUAUUUCUGGUACCUUUGGUUGCUGGCUCCGGCUCGGGCCCUGCACCUGCUUUGGGUGAACUUUUUGGGUCCUUGGUUUAUGGCAGAAAGCCCCUCAGCACCAGAGGAGGUGACUGAGAAAAAGCAGAGAAGACAAGAGCGCAAACAGACGAGGCGAUUCUGAUGCGGCAGAGCACACCGAGCAGUAUUUUUAUACUCGCAAUCUAAUAUACCGAAAGCGGGGGACCCGUAAGUUAUUCAGGAAGACAUUUUUUGUUAUUAAGUUAAAUCCAGUUGACAUCUGAUAAAGUGGGAUCUUGUUUUCCAUGUUUGUUUUCUUUCCGCUUUCAUGCUGUAAUCGAAUUUUCUCCCUAAAUUAUGAAAUGAAAUGUUCCCUAUUUAGAUGAUGCCUCUGUCCAAAUCCCAUUUGUCUUCAUGAGCAGAUUUAGGAGUUCAGCUUUUGCAGAAUGCUUUAAUACCAACAUCCCCUGCAGAUUUUCUUUUUUUUCUUCUUUUUUUUGUUCCACACCACUGCUCAAAAACAUUUGUAAUGUUAUGUCUUAUAUUUUAGUUUUUAAAAAAAGGUUUUCUGUAACCCUCUGUGUCCUGUUGUUAUAAAAUCAAACUCAAAAGCCUUAAGAGGAGAGCGGGAACAACUUUGCAAUAAACAUGGUCCUGUCUGUGCGUCUGUGCUGAGUUUUUCAUAGUAAAUGCUGAAUGAGUUUUUCAUGACAGAAGAGCUGUUCUUCCACUUUUCCACCAAAGCCUAAGUGUUCAACAAUAACAUUGUAUAACAGUGA